AAGCGGGGCGCCGCGGCGCAGGAAGCGACGGCGGCGUAGUGCUGCGGCGGUGCUGCGCGGGCCGCCCCUGAGUCAGCGGAGCGGGCGGGCCGCGCCUCCCCGCGCCCCUCCCGCGCGGCCUGGCGCCCCGUCGCCGCGCCGCAGCUGCGGGCAGUCGGCGAGAGGCGGGCGAGCGCGCCGCGCCGCGGGGAGCAGCUGGAGCAAGUGAGGCGUGACAGUGACUCAGUUUGUACACCUGUGCAAUGAAGGAACCCAAACCGGUCAUCAGCCUCCGGAAAUAGCACCAGGGACUUCGCCAGCACCACACGUUAAGUCACUGAUUAAAAUAUCACAAACAACUGCCCUUUUGUAAAACAAAGUGAGGAAAAACAAUCGUACUUGGCAACAAUGAGGUAUUUUCACUUCUGUAAGCUUCCAGGACGAGUUAUGGGAAUCCGCCUACUUCGCUUCACUUCUGUGGUGAUCAUUGUCUUACUUCUUGUAGCAGGUGCUUUAACAGCUUUGCUUCCCAAUAUCAAAGAUGACAAAAUGCCCAAUUUGAGAAGGGAACCAAAAACCCAGAGUCAGUCUGCCUUGGAUUCAUUUACCCUUAUUAUGCAGACAUACAAUAGAACCGACUUACUGCUAAAACUUUUAAAUCAUUAUCAAGCCAUUCCCCAUCUGCACAAGGUAAUUGUUGUUUGGAACAAUGUUGGUGAGAAGAUACCAGAGGAGAUGUGGAAUUCCCUGGGGCCUCAUCCUGUCCCCGUUGUCUUUAAAGUUCAAACGGUAAAUCGCAUGAGGAACAGACUCCAGAAUUUCCCUGAGCUGGAAACAAAAGCUGUUUUAAUGAUGGAUGAUGAUACACUAGUCAGUGCCCAUGACCUUGCUUUUGCCUUCUCUGUUUGGCAGCAAUUUCCAGAGCAGAUAGUGGGAUUUGUUCCUAGAAAGCACAUUUCUACUCCUUCGGGUAUAUACACAUAUGGCAGCUUUGAAUUGCAGAACCCUGGAUUUGGAAAUGGAGAUCAGUAUUCUAUGGUACUUAUUGGUGCAGCAUUUUUCCACAGUGGAUAUCUAGCAGAUUUUCAAAAACAGCCAGAAGCUGUUUAUGCCUUAAUAGAUGAAACUCAAAAUUGUGAUGAUAUUGCCAUGAAUUUUCUAGUGGCAAAGCAUACUGGAAAGUCUUCAGGAGUGUUUGUGAAGCCUGUUGAUAUAAGGAAUUUAGAAAAAGACACUAACAGUGGCUAUUCUGGGAUGUGGCACCGAGCAGAGCAUUUGUUACAGAGAUCUUAUUGUGUAAACAAACUGGUUAAUAUUUACGAUGGCAUGCCCUUAAAAUAUUCUAAUAUCAUGAUUUCUCAGUUUGGUUUUCCUAAUUAUGCCAAUCACAAAAAUAAAAUGUAAACUGAUCUGUUUAAGAGGGCAGAUGUUAACCAAUACUCAGUGAAUUGUACUAAGUGCAAGGAGAUAAGUAUAGAUUACUGCAUCUUGGUCAUCCAUAUUCAUAGCCUCUGAAUUUUUUCCGUAUGGCUUUUUAUGUAUUUUUUCCUUCCUUACUAAUUCUGUAAACUAAAAACUGUAUGCUAAUGUUUAGGUGUAAUAAAAUCAUCCUCUUUCCUUAAAAAUCCAAGAAGCUUUUUACAGUUAAUUACAGGCCAGCUGUUCAGAAACAUGCACACAAAAAUGCACUCCUACACUUCAGUAGGAGUUUUGAUUUACCAUUCUUUAUAUAUAUAUUCUUUUGUAAUAUAUGUAUCUAGUCAAAUGAUGUCUAGGCAUAUUUUUGAUAGUCGCAUGUUGAGACGUGUUCCUUUUCCCCUCCUCACCUCACUGCAGUUCCCCAGGAAACUAUAGAAGGGCUACAGUAAGCUGUUGGCUAGGCUUCUAGACUCCUGUACAAAACCCCUUUGAAGUUUGUAUAUAAGCUAUUAUUCUGUAUUCUGAGAUAUUCCUGAAGCUGAUAUGAAAGCAAGCCAGAAGACUACUACACCUUAAUCUCAGCCCUAAAACUAUUGCCUACAACAUGUGAUAUUGCUAAGAUAGUGGAUAAUGAUCUCUUUGAUACAGCUUCUUUUUCUGGAGUUGCUGAAACAAUGCUAAUCAAUUGAAAGGUAAAACCUAGUUGAUGGUGAUGUAAGAAAAAUGAAUACAUGAAAUAUGAUUCUUACAUGUGCAGCCAAAAGAAAUAGGUGCCAUAUUGCUUAUUAACACUCCCUUUAGUACUUAGUUUUGUUUUGAUAUUUUGCAUGUACAUUGUUACAAAAUGUGCCCCCCCAAAUCCUCAGUUUUAAAAACAUCUUAUUUACAACUCCAAAUAGGAAUGAGCUGUUUUACAUUUAGUCCAGAGUGUAUAUUUUGGAAUAUUAUAGGUCUAGUAUUUUUUUAACUUCUCUUUCAAUGGAAUGUUCACUUUACUUUUGGUUCCUUUCAUCUCUGCUUUUGGUGGCUAUGACAACGGAAUUAAAAUGUCAUGCAAUGAAUGGGUAAAGCAUUAUAAAAGGUAUUUUAAGGUACAGUGAUAUUUGACAGGGCCUGACUAUUAUCAGUCUCUGACCUCAUCUAUAGCAAGAAACAGAGCUAUUAUUAAUAGCUUUUGUUAGAUUGGGAGUCUGUGUAGUCUGGAAACAUUGUAUUAACAUAGGUGGGACAAAAUCCAUUUUCAUUGCAGUUACAAAACUUGUUUUGUGGUGUGGAGGAAAUGAACCAAAGGCAGUGAUUUUGUUGGAUCACAGAGUGGAAUCAAAUCUGGCAUCUAAAGUAGAUGUCAGCAUCAGCUUUUAAUCGAUUCUCAAUACCAGUGCAAAGGAAUUCAUGGGCAAUCAGUAACAGCUUAUUUCCAGUACACAAAUGGUGUGUGUAUAUAUAUAUAUAUAUAUAUUUAUUUUAAAUAGGCUAGCUGAACAAAAGGAUUAUUUGAAAGUGUAACAAGUUCUUUACAGUUGGGCUGAUUCUGGCUGUACGGUCUCUGACUUGGGGGAGGGGGGCUAUCUCGCCCUGUUCUUUCAGUAUUAGAGGAUUUGUUUUACGUUCAGUGAAGUCUUCCUAGUACUUUUGUAAGAUUUAAGGGUCAAAAUCUUAACAUAGCAGUGUAAAACCUGCUUAAUUUUGUUGUGAUAGUGAAAAGUAGAUUUUAAUUAUCGUGGUGUAAUGAUAAGUAGUAUACAAAUAGAUCUACAGUCUUUUCAGAAAUGCAGAUUUCCUAAUGGUAGCUUAUUGCCUUUCAUUUACUUAUUGGUCUUCUGUAAUUUCUGUUCUGUGCAGUAUCAACUAAAAUUGUGAAGACUCACAGAUAUUGUUUACCUGCUUUUAAAAUGUGAAAUGAAUUGUCAUCUCAGCCAAAUCUCAGUACUGGGUUGUUUGUUUGGGGUGGGUUUUCUUUGGGGGGAGGAGGGGUAGGGGCGUUGCUUUUCUGUAUCAGUCAAGGAAUUAAUAGAACCAGUUUUUAUUAUACUGGUAAACUUAAUUUGUACCAUUGUCAAAUAAAAUACAUAAACAGA